ACUAGAGUGCGUGCCUUCGCACGCGCUGACCUGCACUGCUUUUCAACACCCUAGUCAGUUGUACAGAAAAAAGUGAACCAUGAUUAAAUCAUUAUUCCACACAAAAAGAGUGCAUAGAUGUUCUAUGCUCAGGAGAGAUCCCGAAUCAUGGCAUCGGGCUAUGUCAAGAAACAAAUAGGAAAAUGGGGAGCAGAAAGAGGACAUCAGGACAGCGACUUGGGGGGGGACAAGUGUACAAAUGAGGAUAAGACAAGCGCACUGAAAAUUGGUCAAUACGCCCAUGUGGCAGGGCAAGCGGGGGUGCAGCAGCAGUGGGGGGGUUGGACCAAGAGCUGCGCAGUUGGGCAUGUGUCUGCUGCAUCCCUUCAAGAAUGGGCCGCAUCGCAGGCUGACAUGCCAAUUCAUGAGUACGACACACCUAGCACGACGAGUAAGGCAGGUAGGGGUGCAGAUACAAGUAAGGGGAAUUUUGGCCAGUGCACGCUCUUCUGGGGAAAACCACCUCUCUCAUUGAGGAGAAUGGAGUGGAACCUGACAGCAAUCGCAUGCAUACCAAAGCUGGAAAAGGCACUCUUUGCUGCACUGGGUGGACCCACAGACUCAAGGGGCUUGGGCCCAAAAGGAGGUGAUGAUGGUCAUGGGAAAGCGCAGACAUGCAAGCAUGAGGGGCUCUGUCUAAUGAACAUCAUGCUCACUUUGCUUGCAGUCUCGACUUCUCUCAUUGCUAUCAUUUCACCUCCAAUCUUCUUGUUCCGCCGACUCUUCAUCAACCCAGCCCUCAUACUAGAAGCACUCUUCCACACUGCCUUUACUUAA